AUGAGAUUAAGAGUUGGUUGUCAGGAAGCAGAUUUGAAAGAAAUAAAGGAAUUUGGAGAAUGGAUUUUAAAGCUUGGUGAUGGUCUGCUUGGUGAAGAAAAUGAUGGUGAGAUUGAUAUUGAAAUACCAGAUGAUUUACUUAUUAAUGACCAAGUCAAUCCGAUUUCAAGACUGAAGAUGACACCUUCAGAUAAAAGAAUACCAGUGAAGAUUUCUCGAAGACAAUUCCCACUUUCACUGUGUUUUGCUAUGACAAUAAAUAAAAGUCAAGGACAAUCAUUGGAGCGUGUUGGUUUAUAUCUUCCACGUCCAGUGUUUAGUCAUGGCCAGCUCUAUGUUGCUGUAUCUAGAGUAAAAAGUAGGAAGGGGUUGAAAAAAUUGAUUUGUGAUAAAGAGAAACGAGUCUAUACAACCACUACUAAUGUGGUUUACAAAGAAGUUUUACAAAAUCUAUGAUGAUACUAAACAUCUGUCAACCUGGCAACGUCUGUUGGGUAUAAUGG